GGAGGGGACGGGGCUAUGGCGGAGGUCGCGGCAGCCCCGGGCGAGCCCGAGCCCGAGCCGGCGGCGGAGGCGGGCGAGGGCUCCGAGGCCAAGGCGCUGAGCGCGGGGGAGUACGCGCGGCGCGUGCACCAGUGGCUCUGGGACUCGUACUGCGGCUACUGGAGCUGGCAGAGCAGCCUCCCCGCGCUCCUCGCCGCCGCCGCCGCCGCCCCCUACGGCAGCCCGGGCCCGCCCGCCGCCCCCGGCUGCCCCCCGCCGCCCGCCUACUACGCCCCCUGCUACCUCCUCGCCGCCCCCGCCGCGCCGGGACCCCGCGCGCCGCCCGCCUGGCCCGGAGCCGCGCGCCUGGCCGCGGUGCCCAGGCCCGGCCCCGCCGCCAGCAGCGCCCCGAGGGAGAGCGGCCGGCCGGCAGGUCGGGAAUACAUUAUCCCAUCCUUGGCACACAGGUUUAUAGCAGAGAUGGUGGAUUUCUUUAUUCUUUUCUUUAUAAAGGCAACCAUUGUCUUAAGUAUUAUGCAUCUCAGUGGAAUAAAGGACAUUUCCAAGUUUGCUAUGCAUUAUAUAAUAGAAGAAAUAGAUGAAGACACAUCCAUGGAAGACUUGCAGAAAAUGAUGAUAGUGGCCCUUAUCUACAGGUUGUUAGUCUGCUUCUAUGAGAUUAUCUGUAUUUGGGGAGCUGGUGGGGCAACCCCAGGGAAGUUUCUGCUUGGACUUCGAGUUGUGACAUGUGAUACAUCUGUACUUAUUGCACCAAAUCGUGUGUUAGUGAUUCCAUCCUCUAAUGUUAGCAUAACAACGUCUACAAUACGAGCCUUGAUCAAGAAUUUUUCUAUUGCUUCCUUUUUUCCUGCAUUCAUUACGCUGCUAUUUUUUCAGCAUAACAGAACAGCCUAUGACAUUGUAGCAGGAACUAUUGUGGUAAGAAGAAAUGGAGUAAGAUGAUACUAAAAGAAGCCCAGAUUACCAAACUUUUUUGAACUCCUAAAAAACAAAGUAAAGAAGACCAUCAGUAUUGGUUGCCCAAAUUAACUGGAGACAGAUUCAGACGUUAAACAAUGAGUCAUUCCAGUAUGGUGCCAGUGAUUAUCUUGAAAGUAUUGAUUUUUCUUAAAUGCCAAAGACAUUUCAGAGAAAUAGUACCUAUUCAAUUUGGAAGUAUUAACAUUAGAUUGACAGGAAGGAAACUGGUUAUAUUUAUCCAUAAAGACAGUUUCUGUCCAUCUCCAGAAAGGAGAUGCCUGGAAAUAUUGCCAUCCUAAAAAGUACUGGUUCUACAACUUGAUUAUUUUAUGGCAAAAAUAAGUUGGAGAAUGUAGUUGUGGUCUAUAUUGGUGUUUACAAAACACAUUACAGAAACUAUCCCUUAGAAGGGAUUGCAGUGUUUCUUGGCGGGAUGGAGGCAAAAAUAUAGCUAAUAAUGUGUUGCCAUUAAACCGAUACAUUGUGCGGUGGUUGGGUAUUAUCAGCCCCUAAAAGGCUUAGUGAACUCCUUCACUUCAAGCAUUGUAUUCACCACUUUUCAAAUGUGUUCUUUAAACAUGUAUUGUGGCAGGUUUUUUGCAUGAUUGUGUUAAGCAUUAAGUCACUAUUUAUGUCUAUCCUAAUGAAGAGGUAAAUUAGGUUACCACUUCUUUGUGGGAAGAAUAAAUUACUGUGGUGUUUGUGUAAAUAACUUCAGAGCUAUAAAAUUAACAGUAUAGAUCAUGGAAACAAAAGGUGAAUAUGGUUGCUUUCGUUAGUUGGGGAAGGAGGUUUUACUUCCCUCAAAUUGUUGCAUAUAGACUAUGUAAACUGAUAGAUGGAGUUUAUAUGCAGCAUGUAGUAAAUAUCAACCAGAACACAAAUUAUGGCUAACUUUAUAGACAAGUUCAAAAAUUGGUUUUCACUUUAUAUUUUAAAAUUCUGCCUAAUCACUGCUAUAUGCAGAAUAACUUGGAUACCUACGGAUGAAUAAAGAAGCCUAAUAUUUUGCAUGAUUACAUAGCUUUGAUAACUUAUGUUUAUUCUUCAUGUAAUGCUGACUGGGAAAGAGCUUCUGAAGAACAGUGCCAACUUUUUGUUAAAACUUGAUUAAAUAUGUCAAGUGGU